GAGGUGCCAGUCCCAGGCGCGACGGCUCCGGCGAGGACCGGAGAGGGACCCUAGCGCCCGGAGCAUUAUGAGCCGAGCGCAGGGCGGUAGCAGCGGCCCCUGCAGUUACCAACGCCGGCGCCUCCCGAGGCCCCUCUCCAGGUCCUGCCGGCCCAUCAUGCCCAUCUCGGGGCAGCGGGGUGCUCCGCGCCUUCUCUCCCGCCUCCCGGGUCCCUUCUAACCCGCUCGGGAGUGGCUUCGCGGUCAGUCGCGCCGCGCCCCCCGGGGAGGCGGACCCGCGGUGCGCCCCGAACCCCGGCUCGGCCCUUGGUUUUCCAGCUGCGUCCCCGCGCUUCGCGGCCGCCCAGGGCGCCCAGUGGCGAUGGGGGCGCUGCUGGCGCUCUGCCUCCUCCUGGGCUGGUUCUGCUGGAGCCCGGCAGACGCCCAGCCGUCCGGAGAGUACUGCCACGGCUGGGUGGAUGUGCAAGGCAACUACCACGAGGGCUUCCAGUGCCCGGAGGACUUCGACACGCUGGACGCCACCAUCUGCUGUGGCUCUUGUGCCCUGCGCUACUGCUGCGCCGCGGCCGACGCCAGGCUGGAGCAGGGCGGCUGCACCAACGACCGAGGGGAGCUGGAGCACCCGGGCAUCACCGCGCAGCCUGUCUACGUCCCGUUCCUGAUCGUCGGGUCCAUCUUCAUCGCCUUCAUUAUCCUGGGCUCUUUAGUGGCCAUCUAUUGCUGCACCUGCUUGAGACCCAAGGAGCCCUCCCAACAGCCAAUCCGCUUCUCGCUCCGCAGCUACCAGACAGAGACCCUGCCCAUGAUCUUGACCUCCACAAAUCUCAGGGCUCCUUCCCGGCAGUCCAGCACAGCCACCAGUUCUAGCUCCACCGGAGGCUCCAUCCGCAGGUUCUCCCUGGCCAGAACGGAGCCAGGCUGCCUGGUGUCCUCCCCACCACCACCUUAUACCACAGGUCACCCAAUCCACCUGACCCAGCCGUCUGGUUUCCUGGUGUCCCCCCAGUACUUUGCUUAUCCACUGCAGCAGGAACCCCCGCUGCCCGGGAAGAGCUGUCCGGACUUUGGCUCCAGUUGACAGGCCAUGGACAUUAAUCCUCCGUGGAACAGGAGACCAGAGAGGCAGAGAGCUGCUUGUUGCAAGUAUUUAGAAGGAAAUUCUCCGGAUGCACAGCCACAUUGUGGAGGAAAGUGCUAGGAAUCUACAGCAAUCGUGAUUGUUCAGGUUCUUGGGUCUCAGUCACAGAAUGGAAUUAGGUGGAAACACUGAAUUCUGGUAUUAGCUCAAUCUUUUUUUGGCUUAGAAAACAGUGGCCAUAACAUGUCAGUGGUCAACUUUAACAUUGACUGAGCACAUGUUAUUGGACAAUUCCACCAGACUACUUAGUAAAGGGCUAAUGUGUUCUCCUUUUUCCAUUAUAAGUUAUUUGGUGAGUUUUAAUAUGAAUAUAUAUCUCAAUAAGGAAAAUUGAAACCCUGAUAAGAAUUAUAGAAUGUUCACUUUAAAAAUUAACUACUAAGUAAACUAAGGGGAUGGUGACAACUUAUUUUAUGAAUUUUUGAAAGCACCUAACCAUGAAUAAUAUUAAUCUCAUGAGAAUUGCUUCUUUUUGAACUAAUAACUAAAUUUUGUUUAAAAUAUAAGAGGUUUUACAGAAUUUAAGAUUCCAGUAACCAUGGGAGUUUAACAUUUAAAAUGUUUAUUCAGCUAUUCAUUGUAACACAGUAUGUAAAAGCAUUUCUCCCAGACAAGGGAAUAUUUAUUGCAGACUUUAUGUUCAGCAACCUUUUAGUGUUUAGAUAGAAAUUGGGCAGUUCGGUUUUAAACAUUUAUUUGUAAAAUGAGUUAUGUACAAAUGUAAAAAUUUGUAAUUUAAUCUAUUUGCCACAUUGUCGGUACUAAUGAUCUACUAGUCACACUGUAAUUUUUAUGUUAAUAACCGUGGAGUUGAAAAUCUACCUGUUGGUUAUAAUUGUCUAAUAAUACGUAUCUUAAGUGCCACUGAAUUUCACGUCUGAUGACUACAUAUUUGGACAAUUUCCUGCUGCAUUAGAAUAAAUAAAAUAUGUUUUCGUGAAAUCUA